AUGGUGCGUAGCCUGUCGCAGUGGACGAAGACGCUGAGCUUCCCUUCGAGGUUGUCUCCGAACCGCACUUCUAAGGAGAGCGUAGUGAACGUGCAGCCGAGUUCCCCUGGCGUGUCCCCUACACCCAGCGCCUCGUCUCUCCCACAAGGCUCCGAUAAAACAAUUUCGCCGAUCCCCAUUACUGAGAUCAGCCAAAUCAUAUAUCCAGAUCCCGAGUCUGAAAAGGCAAUAAUGGGCUCAGUGGUAUACUGCAUUCACCACAAAGAAGGAUGCCAGUGGUCGGACGAACUACGUAAACUGAAGGCUCACCUGAACACGUGCAAGCACGACGCGGUACUCUGCGCGGCACAAUGCGGCGCCAUGAUACCUCGCGUGCUGAUGCAGGACCACCUUCGGUACACCUGUCCCCGGCGCAGGGCCAAUUGCGAGCACUGUGGAAAGGAGUUCUCGGGGAGUGCGCUUGAAGAACAUCAGGGCAACUGCGGCCACGAGCCAGUAUACUGCGAGAACAAGUGCGGUGCAAAAGUGCAGCGUCGGCACACGCAACAACACAUACAACAGCACUGCAGCAAACGGCUCGUGCCCUGCAGACACUGCGGACAGAAGUACACACAGGACUGCGUGUCGGCGCACGGCGCGUCGUGCAGCCGCGCGCCGGUGCCGUGCCCGCAGCGCGGCGCGGGCUGCGCGGCGCUGCCGGCGCGCGACGAGCUGGACGCGCACCUGCGCGACCACUGCGCCGCCGCGCUGCCCUGCCCCUACCGCGACGCCGGCUGCCGCUUCAAGGGCACGCGUGCGGCGGUGGAGCGGCACGCGGAGGAGAGCUGCCAGCAGCACGUGUCGCUGCUGGCGGCGGUGGCCGGCCGCCAGGCGCGCCAGCUGGACGCGCUGCGAGCGGCCGUCGCGCGCCUCGCCGUCAACUGCUCCGGCGCGCUCGUGUGGCGCGUCACCGACUGGGCCGCCAAGAUGGCGGAGGCCAAGUGCAAGGACGGUGUCGAACUGCUCUCGCCCACCUUCUACACCAGUCAGUACGGGUACAAGUUGCAGGCGUCACUAUUUCUAAACGGAAACGGUGCGGGCGAAUCCACCCACAUGUCGGUCUACAUAAAGAUCCUGCCAGGAGAAUACGACGCGCUACUCCGCUGGCCAUUCGCCCACUCCGUCUCCUUCACACUCUUCGACCAAAGCUCGAGUCCGGACCGUGCCUGCAAUAUCGUGGAGAGUUUCGUCCCGGACCCGACCUGGAAGAACUUCCAGAGACCCUCAAAGGAACCGGACGCGUUGGGCUUCGGUUUCCCGAGGUUUGUCUCCCACGAAAUGCUCAAGAAGCGCAACUUCGUCAAGGACGACGUCAUGUUUCUUAGGGUCAAGGUGGACCCUAGUAAAAUUGUAGCGGUAUAA